UAUGACAAGAUAAGUGGCUUGUGAGAUAAUAUAUAUAAAUUCAAUCUACCAUCAUCACAUAUAUCAACAUUGAUAAACUCAUGACUUAUAAUAAUAACAUGAAGUUCUUAAUUCUCUUUAGCCUCACUUUUAUAUUCAGAAAUGUACUUUCAAAUGUCAAUCCUCUUCCCUAUGAAGCUAUAUUUAAUUUUGGUGAUUCAAUAAGCGACACAGGAAAUGAAGCAACUCUUCACCCACCUAUGCCUAUCAAUAGUCCUUAUGGAUCAACGUAUUUUAAACAUCCCUCAGGACGUUUGUCAAAUGGACGCUUGAUUAUAGAUUUCAUAGCUCAAGCAUAUGGAUUGCCAUUUUUGCCAGCCUAUAAAAAUCUCAUUGAAGGCCAAGAUAUCACGAAAGGAGUGAACUUUGCAUUUGCUGGUGCCACUGCACUUGAUUUUAAUUAUUUCAAUAAAAGUAUGGUUGCUCUACCUGGAACUAAUAACUCAUUGAGUGUUCAACUUAAGAUGUUUAAGAGACUCAAGCCUUCACUAUGUAAAAACAAAAAAGAUUGUCGUAACUACUUUAAGAAAUCAUUAUUUUUAGUCGGAGAAAUUGGUGGAAAUGAUAUUUUCUCUCAUAUUACACCAAAAUUUUCAAACUUCAGAAAUCUUAUUCCCUUAGUGGUUAAUAAAAUUACAGAAACAACCAUAUCAUUAAUCAAAGAGGGAGCUGUAGAGAUAGUUAUUCCAGGGAACUUUCCAGUGGGGUGUAGUGCCUCCCUUUUGGCAGUGGUGAAUACUAAUAAUACAAAAAACUACGAUGAAUUUGGAUGCUUUAAGGCAUUUAAUACUGUCAUACAAUAUUUUAAUGACAAUCUAAUCUAUUCUAUAACUACAUUAAGAGAGACUUACCCUGAUGUCAAGAUAAUAUACUUUGACUAUUAUAAUAAUGCCAAACGUUUGUAUGAAGAACCACAAAAAUAUGGUUUUGAUAAGGAUGAGACAUUCAAGGCAUGUUGUGGAGGCGGUGGGCCACAUAAUUUUGAUCCAAGAAUGGGGUGUGGAAGUCCUAAUACAACUGUUUGCUCUGACCCUUCUAAAAAUAUAAACUGGGAUGGAGUUCAUUUUACAGAAGUAGCAUAUAAACUAUUAGCAAAAGGAUUAGUUGAAGGACCUUUUGCAUAUCCCUCACUUAAACCAGCUCCUUUUCAAAUAGCCUAA